AUGCCUGGUGGCUUAUCAGAUGUGAGGAGUGAAUAUUUAGAAAUAGGAGAGUACAAUUUUUCGUGGCCAGGAGAAAAUGGAACAUUUCACGAUUUCGGUUCCAUUAAUUACACAAUGCCGUCAGGACCGUGGUACUGGCCUUGGUGUCCCUUAUGGAAAGUACCACAACAUCCAUUAUUUCAGUUAUCAAACAUGCUGUUCGUUGCUGCUUAUUGCGCUCCCAGUACUAAAAAAGGCCAGCUGUGGAUGCAUACUAUUUUAAUUUUUGGCUUCAUGCUAUACUCGGUUUGGGCCUGGCAUGUCAUCUGCUCUCCGGAUGCCUUUUCUUGGAACUUCGGCUUCGUCUUUCUGAAUCUAGCUCAGGUGGUCUACUUGGUGUACGAAAUGAGACCCGUUAAAUUUGAUCCAGAGCUGGAAGAGGUGUACCACACGCUAUUUGAACCUUUUAAGGUAUCGAGACUACAGUUUAAGCGAAUGGUUUCCCCGGACUUCGCUCACGUGAUGUCUCUACAUGCGGGCGAGGCCUACGCCAUGCAAAACCUCACCAAGACCGACCGACUCGGACUGCUGCUGUCUGGAAAGGUGAACGUUAUGAGCGGACAUCAGUUCCUUCAUCCAAUAUUACCCUGUGAAUUUCUGGAUUCACCGGAAUUCGAAUCUAGUAGAGCGACAAUCGAUGAAAAGUUUAAGGUUUCAAUAGUAGCAGCGUCCUCGUGCCGCUACGUGUAUUGGCAACGUAGUUCCUUAGAAUACUUAUUCGUGAAAGAGCCGUAUCUCGCGUGCGUAGUGACGACAUUGAUCGCUCGAGACAUCACGACAAAGUUAUACGCUAUGAAUAACAAGAUCGUGACGGAGAGGGGUUCGCAUUUAGACAUACGGUUGCCGAGUAUAUCUCACGCGUUGGCACGGAGUCCUAGGAAGCUACGAGCGGCGAACAAGCUCCCUCCGCCGACUACAGUACAACCCGUGCCGCCGGAGAAGAGACCCAGUUAUUGGUCAAGAGACUCCGAGAAUAUAGCGACGAAUCUAGCGAAACGUAACGGUGUCACUGCGACUUACAACGAAGCGGAUGAGGAGUUAAUACCUUUAGCGGCUCACGAAGCACCGGCCGCUUCAUCUGACGAUCUUUCCAUAGCCGAUAGCUGUCCAGAUACAUCUUCAAAGUACCAUAGUUGCGAAGCUGUGGAGACCGAUGAUGAUCUCCGACACUGACUAAUAAAAUAUGAAGAAGAUUCAAUCGCGUUGUGCUUUCGCAAGAAUAACCCGCUAUAACCUAUUCAAGCGUAUGCGUAAUACAAAAUAGUGCACAUUAGAAAAAUUUAUGUCAUUAAUGUAAAUAUUAAUUAUUUUUAGUUGUACUUUUUUAUAUGGUUCCAUUUCACAAAAGCUCUAAUCACAGUGUAAGGGCUUAGAGUAGGUAUACUGCUUUCAUUGCAGCACACACUUUGUGUAGUAGCUUAGUGAUAUCGUAAUAAUAAAGACUGAAACGGUACUUAAUUCAUAAAUAAUUGAUUUUGUUUUUUCAAUUGUUUGUAUCACAGCUGAAGCAGUUUAUAAAAGGUUUGUUAAUAUAUACGUAGAAAAAUAAAUUACAUUCGAUAA